CUAUCCCUACCUUAGAAGUUGCUUUUGUUUCGUCCUUAAAACAGCUUAACCCCUUAUUUACUGCUCACAUCAGCAGUUGCAUCAAUGAUAGUAAUAUUGUCAAAAUAAAGAAAUAUUUCCGGAACGAAAGGAGAAAUCUGAUAAAUCAAACAGCAAAAGGUUUUGACACAACAUUUAGGGGGAAGAACCGUCUGCACCACCGUCUGCACCACCGUCUGCGCAGAGCAGUUGACAGCUGCUUCGACGCUGUCAAUUACACAGGAGCAUGGCUCAGACCUGGGGUAACUUUUUCUUUUCUCUACUCGAUUACAAGACCGAGAAAUUUGUCAUCGCUAAAAACAAAAAGGUCGGAGUUCUGUUCAGACUCUUUCAGCUGGGGGUGAUUGGAUAUCUGAUCGGGUGGGUUUUUCUUUGGAAGAAAGGGUAUCAGGAGACUGAGGAAGUCAUCCAGAGUUCAGUGAUCACCAAACUCAAGGGUGUAGAUCUCACCAACAGCUCUCAGUAUGGUCUGCAGCUAUGGGGUGCAGAGGACUAUGUCAUCCCCCCACAAGGGGACAGAGUCUUCUUUAUGGUGACAAAUUAUGUAGUGACACCCAACCAAAAGCUGGGUUACUGCCCUGAGAGUUCUAAAGUGCCAGAUGGUUUAUGUACUUAUGACAAUGAAUGUGUGGAAGGGGAAUCUGUCAUAGCAGGCCAUGGAGUGAAGACAGGCCGCUGUAUAAACGACACAGGAACGUGUGAGAUUCAUGCCUGGUGCCCUGUUGAACAUGGCCAGACACCAUCGGAGCCAAUGCUGGCAAAGGCAGAAAACUUCACAAUUUAUGUAAAGAACUUCAUCAAGUUUCCGAAAUUUGCCUUCUCCAAAUCAAACGUCCUGCCUACCACUAACAGCACAUAUCUGAAGAUGUGCAGAUAUGAUAAGGACCAUCAUCCCUAUUGUCCCAUCUUUCUUGUGGGAGAUGUGAUUAACUGGACUGGAUACAGUUUCCAGGAUAUGGCAACAAAGGGUGGUUCAAUUGGAGUUGGAAUCGAAUGGAAUUGUGAUUUGGAUAAAGAUGAAUCUCAAUGUAACCCUGAAUAUAGCUUCACACGCUUAGAUUCCUCUAAAAAUUCCCAGAACUCUGCCAUUUCGGGUUACAACUUCAGAUUUGCUCGAUACCAUGAUGCAGCAGGUCAAACCUAUCGGAAUCUAUUUAAAGUGUAUGGCAUUCGCUUUGAUAUAUUAGUUAAUGGAAAGGCUGGGAGAUUCAGCAUCAUUCCUACAGUGAUCAGUAUUGGCUCUGGACUUGCUUUAAUGGGUGCUGGGGUGUUUGCCUGUGACAUGAUUCUGCUCUACAUGAUGAGCAAAAGCUCCUUCUACCGAGAGACAAAAUUUGAGGCAGUCACAAAAAAGCAAUCUGGAAAGCAGAGAGAGAGAAAGCAUGCGAGACACCACGGCCACCAUCGCCAAGAUGGGCGGCACAAGAGAGAGGAGAAACAGGGAACAGAAAUGCAGCCAUUGACAUCGGUGACAUCAUGCCAGCCCAAUAACAACCCAGAGAGACAGAUCCAGCCCACAAGCUCAGCGCUCAAAACCCACAGUUCUGAGAGAAAGCCACAGGGCACAGUGUCAUUCAGGACUCAGCACGCUACAGAAAAACAGACCAUUUCUCCUGUUUCCACCCUGAGAACACCACGCAACCAGUAGAGGAUUUUUGAUGCUGAAUCCCAUUGGAUUUACUGUGAAUGUAUGAAAGGAGGUAUUAUAGCAGGUCUAUGCUCAGUCAUACCAAAGAGGAAUACUGCCAGUGUUGUUGAUAUGCUCUUCUAGUGUUUUAAAUGGCAAUGGAAAUUUUUGUUACAAAGGAUUUGCAAUAAGAUAAAUAUAAAUUAUUUAAUAUACUGUAAAUAUGGCCCGACAUUAAAAAUUGUCAAACCAAGGUUGAAUAAAUGUUAAAAUAUUUGACAAAAAAUACUUGGGUCAGUGCAUUACUUUCAUCUUGAUAAUGUUGUAAAUGUGAAAAAGAGUUAAGAAGAAAAAUGAAAAAAAUAUCUACACUACCAUUGAAAAGUUUGGGGUCAGGUUUUUUUUAAAGAAUGCAUUAAAUUGAUAAAAUAAUUAUAUUUCUUAAUUCUAAUUCUGUUCUUCUGAAUGUUUUGAACUUUCUAAAUGUAUAAUGUUGACCAACUAUUUUCUUAAGCACUAAAUCAGCAUAUUAGCCCCUGGAAACUGUCUAUGAAACUGGGCCUAGAAUGAUUUCUGAAGGAUCAUGUGACACUGAAUACUGCAGUAAUGACUGCUGAAAAUUCAGCUUUGCCAUUACAGAAAUACAUGACAUUAAAAUAUAUGAAAAUAAAAAAACUGUAUUUUAAUUGUAAUAUUUCACAAUAUUAAUGUACUCUAUUUCUGAUCAAAUAAAUGCAACAUUGGAGAGCGUUUCA